CAGGAUGCUUACGUUUUGCAUCCGCUUCCCGCGUUUCCGCUUCCGCCACCGCCGCGGCAGUCUCGUUGUGAGUGGAGUGGCGGCGUUUUCGUCCACCUCUCUGCACUAUGUCCGGCGGCCUUUUGAAGGCGCUGCGCAGCGACUCCUACGUGGAGCUGAGCCAGUACCGGGACCAGCACUUCCGGGGUGACAAUGAAGAACAGGAAAAAUUACUGAAGAAGAGCUGUACGUUGUAUGUUGGAAAUCUUUCCUUUUACACAACUGAAGAACAGAUCUAUGAACUCUUCAGCAAAAGUGGUGACAUAAAGAAAAUCAUUAUGGGCCUGGAUAAGAUGAAGAAAACAGCAUGUGGGUUCUGCUUUGUGGAAUACUAUUCAAGAGCAGAUGCGGAAAAUGCCAUGAGGUACAUAAAUGGAACUCGUCUGGAUGACCGGAUCAUUCGCACAGACUGGGACGCAGGCUUUAAAGAGGGCAGGCAGUAUGGCCGUGGGCGAUCUGGGGGCCAGGUACGAGAUGAGUAUCGGCAGGACUAUGACGCUGGGAGAGGAGGCUAUGGAAAACUGGCCCAAAACCAUGAUAAACGCAUUUAUGGCCAUUAACUUUCUUCUCAAACCAGACUUAUGUUCCACAGUGCUUGAUGAUAAACAAGGAUUUCCAAUGCAAUAGAAAGGCCCUGCCUGCAUCUUCAAGGAGAACCCUUCACGAAGAUAAACACAUCUCACUGGGACCAGAAGUAAAAUGGCAGUCAAAGAGCACUAUCAUAAACCAAGCACUAAUACAUCUCAUUUCAUCCUUAUAACUACCCUGUGUUAGCAUCCCUUCUUUACAAAUGGAGACAGGAACCUUAGGGAGGUUAAGGAACUUUCCCAAGUACCCUUAACUAGCAUAUGCAAAGUGAAGAUUCUGAUUGUGAUCAUGGUUAUAGGACCACAGAAAGUGAACCACUAACUAUUACGCUGUACUACAUCCAAAGCAGAAUACCUAUUAUCUUUCCUCUACAAAAGCAGCUUGUUUUUCCCUUUUAAUACCCAUUGGCCAUUUCCCUUCAUCUUUCCCUUUAAUACCCAUUGGCCAAGAAUUACCCAGAAAACUUCUUAAAAUGAGAAUUAAAUCCAUUAUUCUUUACCCACUUGCAUUCAUGAAACUAAUGAACCAAAAAGGAAAAAAUGCACCUGGUAUACACAAUUUCUCUUACUCCCAAAGUGCUAAAACAUCAAUGUGACCAAGAAACAAAGGAUUAAAUGUUAGGAAAAAACAAAACAACAAAAGCUACAAUUCAAAUUAGAGUCCAUCCUACGUACAAAAGGUAGCAACAUGGUUCUUUUCCUCACUGGCUGCUUGAAGCUUGGCCACCAUCAAAAACGAAACAAUAACUUUCAGGACCCCGAAGUUCAUGACCAACCUACUACUUCAGCAGAAACAAAUGGUCACUGAUGUUCUUCACCCCAGAAAGGCAACAGUAGCUAAGACAGAAAUUCACAAAACAGCUAGCCAAAAUGUAUAAGACCACACCAGAUGUCAUCUUUGUAUUUGAAUUUAGAACCCAUCUUGGUGGUGGCAAGACAAGUGGCUUUGGUAUGAUUUAUGAUUCCUUGGAUUAUGCAAAGAAAAAUGAACCCAAACAGACUUGCAAGACAUGGCGUAUAUGAGAAGAAAAAAAACCUCAAGAAAACAGCAAAAGGAACACAAGAACAG